UUUAAGCAGAGAAAGGCCGAAACCUUAGGCAAGCUAAAAAGCCCAACUCUAACACUCCAAAACUGAAAAACCCUAGUGUGGAAUCCAUAUAUUCUUUACCCUCUGCACCAAGCAUUUGUGACAUCGCCGUCUUCAAUAACGAAGAUACAGUGCUAAGUGAGUUGGUGUGAGGAUGAGUCGUGGUGCAGCAGCUGGAGCUAAGGGAAAGAAGAAGGGAGCCUCCUUCACCAUCGACUGUGCGAAGCCGGUUGAGGAUAAGAUCAUGGACAUCGCUUCUUUGGAGAAGUUUCUUCAGGAAAGGAUCAAGGUUGGUGGCAAAGCCGGUGCUCUAGGUGACUCCGUCACUGUCACCCGCGACAAGACCCGUAUCACCGUUACCUCUGACUCCAACUUCUCUAAGCGGUACCUUAAAUACUUGACUAAGAAGUACUUGAAGAAGCACAACGUCCGGGAUUGGCUUCGGGUGAUUGCUUCCAACAAGGACCGUAAUGUUUAUGAACUCCGCUACUUCAAUAUUGCUGAGAAUGAAGGGGAAGAGGAAGAAUGAGCAAUCAGUUCAGUUACUUUUCUCUGUUACCUAUCUGGUUUAUUAGUUCAGAGGAAACUUGUUUGUGUCAAAUCGUUGGACUUGUUUGGGUUUGCUUUUUGACCCUUGGCUUUAUUUUCAAUGAAGUUUUGGUUGCUGAUAGUUAAAA